UGUAGAUGCCGUCCCGGGUUCCGGCUGAAGGAUGACGGGAAGACGUGCAUUGACAUCGAUGAGUGCUCCACCACCUACCCCUGCAGCCAGAAGUGCAUCAACACCCUGGGUAGCUACAAGUGCCUGUGCAUAGAGGGCUACAAGCUCAAACCUGACAACCCCACCAGCUGUAAAGCUGUCACAGAUGAAGAGCCCUUCCUCAUCUUUGCCAACCGAUACUACCUGAGGAAGCUCAACCUGGAUGGCUCCAACUACACGCUGCUCAAGCAGGGGCUUAACAACGCGGUGGCUCUGGAUUUCGACUAUCGGGAGCAGAUGAUCUACUGGACAGAUGUCACCACGCAGGGCAGCAUGAUCCGCCGCAUGCACAUCAACGGGAGCAACGUUCAGGUUCUUCACCGCACUGGCCUCAGCAACCCUGACGGGCUGGCUGUGGACUGGGUGGGAGGCAACCUGUACUGGUGCGACAAAGGUCGGGACACCAUUGAGGUGUCGAAGCUCAAUGGUGCCUACCGCACUGUGCUGGUGAACUCAGGCCUGCGGGAGCCCCGGGCGCUGGUUGUGGAUGUGCAGAAUGGUUACCUAUACUGGACAGACUGGGGGGACCACUCCCUGAUCGGGAAGAUUGGCAUGGAUGGCACCAACCGCAGCGUCAUCGUGGACACCAAGAUAACUUGGCCCAAUGGCCUCACCCUCGACUACAUCAACAUGCUGAGCCAGGACAUCCCACACAUCUUCGCGCUCACCCUCUUUGAGGAUUUCAUUUACUGGACCGACUGGGAGACCAAAUCCAUCAACCGGGCCCACAAGACUACGGGAGCCAACAAGACCCUGCUGAUCAGCACGCUGCACCGCCCCAUGGACAUCCCCAUCUACCCCCCCUACCGCCAGCCUGACGUUCCCAACCAUCCCUGUAAGACCAACAAUGCCGGGUGCAGCACCCUCUGCCUCCUCUCGCCGGGCGGGGGGCACAAGUGUGCUUGUCCCACCAACUUCUACUUGGGCAGCGAUGGCAAAACCUGCGUCUCCAACUGCACGGCCAGCCAGUUUGUCUGCAAGAAUGACAAGUGCAUCCCUUUCUGGUGGAAAUGCGACACCGAGGACGACUGCGGGGACCGUUCGGAUGAGCCGGAGGACUGCCCUGAAUUCAAAUGCAGGCCAGGGCAGUUCCAGUGCUCCACUGGGAUCUGCACCAACCCAGCCUUCAUCUGUGAUGGAGACAACGACUGCCAGGACAACUCCGAUGAAGCCAACUGUGAUAUCCACGUCUGUCUGCCCAGCCAGUUCAAAUGCACCAACACCAACCGCUGCAUCCCUGGCAUUUUCCGCUGCAACGGUCAGGACAACUGCGGUGAUGGCGAGGAUGAGAAGGACUGCCCGGAGGUGACUUGUGCCCCCAACCAGUUCCAGUGCGCGAUCACCAAGCGCUGCAUCCCCCGCGUCUGGGUGUGCGACCGGGACAACGACUGUGUGGAUGGCUCAGAUGAACCUGCGAACUGCACACAAAUGACAUGUGGUGUGGACGAGUUCCGGUGCAAGGACUCGGGCAGAUGCAUCCCAGCGCGCUGGAAGUGUGACGGGGAGGACGACUGCGGGGAUGGGUCCGAUGAGCCCAAGGAGGAAUGCGACGAACGCACCUGUGAGCCCUACCAGUUCCGCUGCAAGACCAACCGUGAGCAGUGUGACUACGACAACGACUGCGGGGACAACUCGGAUGAGGAGAGCUGCACGCCCCGACCCUGCUCGGAGAGCGAGUUCUCGUGUGCCAACGGCCGCUGCAUCGCCGGCAGGUGGAAGUGCGAUGGGGACCAUGACUGUGCGGAUGGCUCUGACGAGAAAGACUGCACGCCGCGCUGCGAGUUCGACCAGUUCCAGUGCAAGAACGGGCACUGCAUCCCCAUGCGCUGGCGCUGUGAUGCCGAUGCGGACUGCAUGGACGGCACCGAUGAGGAGAACUGCGGCACUGGGGUUCGCACGUGCCCCCUGGACGAGUUCCAGUGCAACAACACGCUGUGCAAGCCCCUGGCCUGGAAGUGCGAUGGGGAGGAUGACUGCGGGGAUAACUCGGAUGAAAACCCCGAGGAGUGCU